CAAUGUUCACAGACAGAAAAGAAAACAAAGUCUCCGUUUGUGUGCACACUCAAAGCUAAAAAGCUGAGAAAAAAAAAAUCCAAAAUCAAAAUCUGAAAUUCGUGGUUGCUCCAAGUUCAUUUGGUGCAGCAGAAUCAAAUGGCGAGAGUUAAACAAAAACCACGUCAAGCACGUGUGGAUCAGGAAAAGAAGAAAAGACGGAAUAAACCUGGAACCGUAGCGCUUCGUGAGAUCCGGAAAUUGCAAAAAUCUGUCAAAUUACUUAUACCGUAUGCUCCGUUCGUAAGAGUUGUCAGGGAAAUUACAAAUCAAUUAUCUUCAUUGGUUACACGCUGGACGCCUGAAGCAUUGAUAUCACUUCAAGAGGCAGCUGAGGAUUGUCUAGUUCGAAUGUUUGAAGCAGGAUGGCUCUGCGCACUUCAUGCAAAGCGUGUUACCCUUAUGAAAAAGGAUAUUGAGUUGACACGCAGGCUUACCGGGAUAGCAAGACCUUGGUGAGAGCACGACACUGUCGUCACCAGUAGUGAAAACCAUUGUUGCUGAGUAACAUUCUUCAAAGAAGCCAUUGCUACUUGUAAAGCCCAAUUUCAAAUUUGAUACCAGGCUAACUCCUAUAUUGUCAAUAGUAAUUUAUGUUGUAGGUGAAAAAUCUGUUGUAGACAGAUGGUUUACUACUACUUAGUCUUAGAUCUUAGAUAUUAGUAUUUGCUCAAAAUCACGUCUUAAAAGGUGAAGAUUGAAGUAUCGCUUGUGAAAGUAAAAUUCUUGGAACGAAUUCUUAUUGUUGUAGCUUUGUUGGCUUAACCAAAAUUAUGUUGAUUUCAGCACAUGUUGAUUUUAUUUAAAAUACAAAGAUUGUAAUUCUUGCAA